AAAAUCUCUCUCCAGACUGCGACCGACACUGGCAAGAUGCAGGCCCUACUAUUCCUGAUGGCACUUCUCUUGCCUUCUAGGGCUGGAGCUGAGGAGAUUAUUGGUGGUGUUGAGUCUGAACCACACUCCCGACCUUACAUGGCCUAUGUGAAUACCUUCAGAAGGAAAGGUUAUGUGGCAAUCUGUGGUGGGUUUCUCAUAACGCCCCAAUUUGUGAUGACUGCUGCACACUGUAGUGGAAGAAGAAUGACUGUCACUCUUGGAGCUCAUAAUGUGAGAAAGAGAGAAUGCACACAGCAGAAGAUAAAAGUUGAAAAGUACAUCUUGCCUCCAAAUUACAAUGUGUCUUCCAAGUUCAAUGACAUCGUAUUACUGAAGCUUAAAAAGCAAGCUAACUUGACUUCUGCUGUGGAUGUAGUUCCCCUGCCUGCCCCCUCUGACUUUGCCAAGCCUGGGACGAUGUGUUGGGCAGCUGGCUGGGGGCGAACUGGAUUGAAAAAAAGUAUCUCACGUACCCUGAGAGAGGUAGAACUGAGAAUCAUGGGGAAAAAGGCCUGUAAAAUAUUUAAGCAUUACAAGGAUAGCCUCCAGAUCUGUGUGGGCAGUUCCACAAAGGUGGCAUCAGUAUACAUGGGAGACUCUGGAGGACCUCUACUGUGUGCUGGGGUGGCCCAUGGUAUUGUAUCUUCUGGACGCGGAAAUGCAAAGCCCCCUGCAAUCUUCACCCGAAUCUCCCCACAUGUGCCCUGGAUUAACAGAGUCAUAGAGGGCAAGUAGUGAAAAGCCUGACCUGCGUGCAUCAGAGUCUUCAAGCCAGAGCUCUUCUGAUAACCCUUGGGUUCAACAAAGCAUGUGUCCAUCCUGUCCCCUGCCUGCCCCCAGCAUGUCCCUAGCAUGUCCCCCGCCUGCCCUCAGCCUGCCCCCAGUCUGUCCCCAAGAUGAUCUGAAAAAUAAAGUCUGUGAUGAUGGACUGUUCCCUGUAA